UGCAGAUUUUCUCCCGGUUGAUCAGAUGCGCACGCGCAGAGGUUUGAGCUCGUCUCGAUUAUUGCGCAUGCGCGCAGUAGACGAGAGGAUCGCAAGGAUCGGCCGCAGGUUUGAAAUGGCAGAACACUUGUACGUGGGAAUCUCAAACAGAGCAACAUGUCAGUUUCGCUGUCUUUGAAUGGAUAUUUAAAGAGUGACCAAAUAUUUUCUUUGUAACACCAACACAUCUGUUGUUGAUCCUUGGAGAUGAAGAAGUAUCUCAUACAAACUGGAAAUGCGAUUUGUGUCUUAAAAUGAAGUUUUUUGUUGUAACUCAGUGAAAUCCACUGGAACCAGGUUGCUGAGAACCCACCAGCAUUUGUUCACUUGUUCACCAGUUCUUCAAAUUCUUUGAUUGUACAAGGGAUUCAAAUGUCUGACUUUCUGAAUUGCCAGAGAAUUGAUCGUAGUGAGAUAUCAUUCUCCUUCUGUCAGUGUGAGAAGGGAUUCACUCAGAUUACCUGCAUACACGCCAGUGAGGUCACAGUGGGGAGAGGCCAUUCACUUGCUCUGUGUGUUGGAGCUGAACUACUCAGUCAUUCAGCCUGAAGGUUCAUCGGUAAGUUCACACCAUAGUGAGAUGCUCCACCUGUUCUGACUGUGGGAAGCAAUUCAUUCUGUCAUUGAUGCUAAAGAUAUAUCUGAAAAUUCCCCAGAGACCUGCUUGGACAGUUGUAAGACUUUCCCACACUCAAGCACACCACAGUGACACCAGUGAGUUCACACUGGGGAGAAGCCAUUCACCUGCUCUGAAUGUGGGAAAGGGUUCACUCAAUCAUUGCAACUGAAUGUACACUAGCGAGUUCACACUGAAAAGAUGCCAUUCACCUGCUCAGACUGUGGGAAGGGAUUCACUCACUCAUCCAAACUACAGAGACACCAGCGAGUUCACACCGGGGAGAGGCCAUUCACCUGCUCAGAUUGUGGGAAGGGAUUCACUCAUUCCACUCAACUAUUGACACACCAGUUAGUUCACACCGGGGAGAGGCCGUUCACUUGCUCAGACUGUGGGAAGGGAUUCACUCGGUCAUUUCACCUACUGAGACACCAGCGAGUUCACACUGGGGAGAAGCCAUUCACUUGCUUAGACUGUGGGAAGCGAUUCGCUCAGUCAUCUCACCUACUGGCACACCAGUUAGUUCACACCUGGGACACACCAUUCACAUGCUCUGAAUGUGGGAAGGGAUUCACUCAGUCAUCCAGCCUUGUGAAACACUACAGAAUUCACACUGGGGAGAGGCCAUUCACCUGCUCAAGCUGUGGGAAGGGUUUCACUCAGUCAGCUCACCUACUGACACACCAGUUAAUUCACACUGGGGAGAGGCCAUUCACAUGCUCUGAAUGUGGGAAGAGAUUUACUCGUUCAUCUCAACUGAAGGAACAUCAGCGAGUUCACACUGGGGAGAAACCUUUCUGCUGCUCUGAAUGUGGGAAGGGAUUCACUCAGUCAUCCUCCCUUAUGAAGCACUACAGAACUCACACGGGGGAGAAGCCGUUCACCUGCUCAGACUGUGGGAAAGAAUUCAAAUGGUCAUCUGACUUGAAAGUUCAUUGCCGAAUUCACACUGGGGAGAGGCCGUACACCUGCUCAGAUUGUGGGAAGGAAUUUACACUCUCAUUUGACUUGAAAGUACAUCAGCGAAUUCACACCGGGGAGAAACCGUUCACCUGCUCAGAUUGUGGGAAGAAAUUCACACGAUCAUCUGACUUGAAAGUGCAUCAGCAAAUUCACACCGGGGAGAGGCCAUUCACCUGCUCAGAAUGUGGGAAGAGAUUCACUCGAUCUUGUCACCUACGGGAACACCAGCGACUUCACACUGGGGAGCGGCCAUUCACCUGCUCAGACUGUGGGAAGAGAUUCACUCGGUCAUGCAUGCUCCAGAGACACCAGCGAAUUCACACUGGAGAGAGACCAUACACCUGCUCAUGCUGUGGGAAGGGAUUCACUCAGUCAUCUCAAUUGAAAAAACAUCAGCAAGUUCACACUGGGUAGAAGCCAAUCAACUCGUCAGUCUGUGGGAAGGAAUUCAUUCAAUCAUCUCAACUCAAGGAACAUCAGUAAGUUCACACUGGAGAGAAACUUUUCACCUUCCUCAAAUUGUUGGAAGGGAUUCACUCAUUCAUCUCACCUACCGAAACACCAGACUGUGGGAAGGCAUUCAUGCACUUUUACACGUUUCAGAGACAGUAGUGGGUGAGGGCAGUCACCUGCUCUAAUAUGGGAUGGGUUUCAAUCAGUCAUUCAUCCUUGUCUCACCCUACCAAGCUUUGAUUCAUCACUAAUUGGAGAGAUCAGAAGCUUAAGAGGAUGUAAUUCAUACAAGUUCACCAGUCAAGCACUAAAGGCAGUGUUUCAGGGCAGGUUAUUUUUGAGCUUUCAUCAGUGGCCAAUCAACAUUCAGUAUUGAUUAUCAAGAAAAACUUCGAGUUAGAUAGGAGUAAGAGGAGUGGUCAUUGUUAGGGUGGACAGAUGGAGCAGAGACUUUGAGACUUUACCUCUGAGGUUUCAGUGAAGAGAGCCUUCAAUCAGAGAAUGCAAAAUUACCAGAGAUAGAAUUUUUUUUUUUGCCCCCUUCUUUACAUUCCCCUUGGUUAGAACAGCAGAAAUGGCAGACAGGAUAGAGGAAAGCUCCUCUUGCGGAAUGUGGGAAGGCAGGGGACCCUCCUGUGUCCCUGAUAACUACACCUGUGAGAAGUGCAUUCAGCUGCGUCUCUAAACAAUUCACCUUAAGGAGUUGGAGCUGGAACUGAAUGAAUUCCAGAUCAUUUGGGUGUCUGAAGGGUGAUAGAUAGGACAUAUAGAGAGAUAGUUGCACCCAAGGUGCACGGCACAGGGAACUGGGUGACAGUCAGGAAGGGGAAAGGGAGAGACAGCAAGUGCAGUUUACCCGUGUCCAUCCCCCUGAGCAACACAUAUAUCACUUUAGAUAGUGUUGGAGACAGUGGGAUGACCUAGCAAAGGAAAGUCACAGCAGUUGGAUCUCUGGCGCUUAGUCUGGCUCUGAGACUGAGAAAGGAAGGUUGGAGAAGAGGUGAGCUGUGGUCAUAGGUGGUUCAUUAGCUAAGGGAACUGACUAAAUGUUCUUUGGGUGAGAAUGGGAUUCCAGGCUGGUAUGCUGCAUCAUGUGUGCUUGGGUCGAGUGCACAGCAUUCCUAAGGAGGGUGAACCAGUGGAGGUUGUGGUCCAUGUGGGUACCAAUGAUACAGGCUGGUAGAGUAAUGAGAUUCUGGAAAGGGAGUUCAGGAAGUGAGGUGCUAAGUUAAAGGGCUGCUCGUCCAGGGCUGUGAUCACAGGUCUGUCAUCUGUGCCAUGUGUAAGGAAUAGAAAGAAUAUAUAGUUUAACAUGUGGCUAAGGAUUUGGUGCAGGAGGGAGGACAUAAUGGUUAUUGGAUCAUUUGAACUCGCAAGGAUUGCUGUAUGUACAGGAGAGUGACUGCGUUGGGGAAGAUGGGACAUCGUUGAUGGCGGGUGAAGUGGGCAGACAGGUGUCUCUCACACACAAACACAUGCACUGGAGUGCGGGGGUGGUGAGUCAGAAGGGAAAAGGUGAAUGAGGGUGGUGGUGGUAGGGCUCCUUCACAAAGUCCCAGACUCACCCAAUCCUCCCCCUCUGAAAUUGGUCCCAUUCCCUACCCUAGGCUGGGGUGAGCAUUGAGUUGCCCUGCCAACAAGAAAAUGAAUUGUUCAAUAGCAUCUGGUUAACACACUUAGAUAAUAAAUUUAUGUUGAACAUUGAAAUGUAUUUUUUGUAAAACUUGUACUGAUGAGAAAUGGUCUCAGUGAAGGUCUGAGAGUGGAAAAUGAAUGAACCAGUGUUCAGCCCCACUGCUCUGUGCCAGAAAAGAAGCCCUAUUUGAGUCUAUCCCAUCUGUCUGUGUUUGUCUCACUGUAAAGUUUCCAAUUUCUGUACCUGAGCCAGUGUCUUUUAUAUUCUUCUCAACCCCAUUCACCUGCUUUCUCCCCAUAAGCUUUAACACCUUUACUGAUCAACCUGUUUUAAAUAAACCCAAUGACUUGGCCUCUGAGCCGCACGUGGCAAUGAAUUCCACAGGUCCCUCUACUGUUAUAAAUGCAUGUUGUCUGGUAUUGGACAUUUUGACACCAAAGGAUAACAAUGGCAACUCUAAUCUAUCUAUACAUUUCAUCUUAUCAAGCUCCAUCAGGUCACCCUGAGCCUCCUCCACUCCAGAGAAAAUAGCCGGUUUGUCUGAACUCUCCUUACACAGUAGCUCAUGCCUCUAAUCCAGACAACAUCCUGGUGAACCUCUUUGUUGGUGCCCCAAAUGCCAGCGGCAUAACGAGCUUUAAGUAAGUAAAUGGUGUGUUAUUGAUUAAUAAGGGUGUCAAAGGUGAUGGGUAGAACGCAGCAUUAUGGAGUUUAGAGGGUGAAUCCAAUAGCCAUGAUUGAAUGGUGGAAAAGACUCAAUGAACGGAAUGAGUAUUAAAGUUCCUAUGACUCGUGGUAUAGUGAAGACAUGGCAAAGCGGUGGGGAGUAAGGUGCGGGUGCAGGAAAGAGUGGGUGUCCAGCUAGAAGGUGGUGUGAAGCACCUUUUGACUAUGUCUUCUAACCAACAAUUAACUCAGAGGGUAUCAAUCAUAAGAGCAUUUAUUUUACUUGCAGCAAAAGACUAGUGUGGCAUUCUUCCACUGAUACAGCUGUGGUUCUGCACUCGUGCUCAGGUUCCAUCAGCAUAAUGUUGCACGAACAUUACUAGCAAAGCUCUCUGAUACAAUGCAGAUUCCAUUUUGUUCCAGACAGAAAUGCUAGUUUGCUACUACAAGUAUAUUUCCACAGUGAUAGAGAAGCAUGCCUACACUCCUCGACCUCUGUGAAAACCCUUUCAUCCACUACACCACUCCUCAUUACUGUAAACCCUUCAGACCCCAACACGCCUUGCCAUUUGUGAAAACCCUUCUAACAAUUUCCAUUUUGUAAACUCGUCCUGCCCCCUACACCACUCGAAAUCCUUGUAAAAUGCUACAGUAUCCACCCUGGAGCGUUCAGGUGACAGCUGAUGCAAGAAAGACAAUGACUAUGGCAGGUGGCAGGGCUCACAAAACACAUUCACACCAGCUGACUUUUUUAAAAAAAAUAAACAGACUGAUUUGCAUGGUCAUCUUAACUAAACCACUUGUCACCUUGUCUCUUGUACAAAGGCUGUUCCCUUUUCUCAUUUCCUGUAUCCACGCCACAUCUGUUCACGGGAUGUGGUUGCCCUUUCCAGGACAUCAGAGAUGUUAUUCUCCAAAGAAUCCAUCUUUGUUGUUGAUGUUAGUCCCAAUGGAUCUAUUUCCAUAAAAUCCUCCUUCAUUCUGUCUUCCAGUUACACGAACACUGAUGGAGUCCCUACCUGGAACCCACGAGUGUCCGCAUCCAACAUAGGAUCCUCCACAACUUCUGAACCACUAAACUCGUCCUUACCUCCCCUUCCCGCACCAAAUUUCUGUUUUCCGCAAAGAUUCCAUUCAUCCCUCCCCACUUAUCUCCCUCCUGGGACAUAACCCUAUAACUGGGAGUUCUACAGGCUCCCAUUUACUUGCUCCCGCAGCCCCAUUCUGGAUCACAAAUAAUCUGUCCAGGUGAGGUAACACUUCACCUUUGAGUCUGUCAGGUUGAUCUGCUGUAUCUGAUGCUCACAGUGCGGCCUCUUCUACAGCAGUGAGACCCAAUGUAGAUCAGGAGUCCACUUUGUCCAGUACAUUAGCUCUGUCCGCAACAAAUGGUAUUUCCCGGUCACAAGUAAGUGUAAAUCUGCAGAUACUGGAUAUCCAAGCAACACACACAAAAUCUUUUCAAUGAUUUCAAGUUCUCUGACCCCGAUCAUUCACUGUGGAUACCCCGUCAAUAUACACCUCCACCUCCCACUGGGAAAGCCACAGAGCUCUCCAUUUCCAUCUGGACACCAGACCCAACGAAAUCUCUCCACCAGCACUCUCCUGCUCUUUGUUUCCCUUGUCUUCUUUGAGCUGAGCUCUACUGUUCCUUCUUUCUGACAUCUUGCAGUAAACUGGUGCUGGUCACGUGUGAAUGAUUUGGAGGAAAAUGCAGGUCGAACAAUUUGUGAAGGUGUGAAUGACACUAAGCUGAUCUGUGGUGAAAGUGAGAGUUGUCUGAGGUUACAGUGGGAUGGGGACCAGCUGAGAAAGUUGUCCAAGGGAUGGCAGGUGAUUCUCAAAAACAGGUUUUCAGGAGCUCAAACAAGACAAUUAUUCAGAUGAAGAGACAGCUUCCCUUGGGACUCUGGAUUCAAUCAGAAAAGACUGGUGCACUACAGUUCAGUUCAUCAGGUUGGAGGGUACCAAGACAGAAUAUAAGGCCUUGCUCCUUCAUCCUGAGCGUGACGUCAUCAAUUACAGGAACACCUUGUCCAGCAUCUUUGCAACAUCAGCCACAUACAGAACUUUCCAGUGCCAAGCAUUUUCAUAGUGAUUUCCAUUCCUGUUCUGACCUGUCGAUCCACGACCUUCUCUUGUGUCAUAGAACAUGGAACAAUAGAGCACAGUACAGGCGCUUCAGCCCACAAUGUAGUAUCGACCCUUAAACCCUGCCUCCCAUUGAACCCUCCACCUUAAAUUCCUCCAUAUACCUGUCCAGUAGUCUCUUAAAUUUCACUAGUGUAUCUGCCCCCACCACUGUCUCAGGCAGUGCGUUCCAUGCACCAACCACUCUGAGUAAAAAACCUUCCCCUAAUAUCCCCCUUGAACUUCCCGCACCUUACCUUAAAGCCAUGUCCUCAUGUAUUGAGCAGUGGUGCCCUGGGGAAGAGGCGUUGGCUGUCCACUCUAUCUAUUCCUCUUAAUAUCUUGUAUACCUCUAUCAUGUCUCCUCUCAUCCUCCUUCUCUCCAGAGAGUAAAGUCUUAGCUCCCUUAAUCUCUGAUCAUAAUGCAUACUCUCUAGACCAGAUAGCAUUCUGGUAAAUCUCCUCUGUACCCUUUCCAUUGCUUCCACAUCCUUCCUAUAGUGAGGCAACCAAAACUGGACACAGUUCUCAAAGUGUGGCCUAACCAGAGUUUUAGAGAGCUACAUCAUUACCCCACGACUCUUAAACUCUAUCCCUCAACUUAUGGAAGCUAGCACCCCAUAAGCUUUCUUAACUACCAUAUCUACCUGUGAGGCAACUUUCAGGGAUCUGUGGUCAUGUACCUCCAGAUCCCUCAGCUCCUCCACACUUCCAAGUAUACUGCCAUUUACUUUUUACUCUGCCUUGGAGUUUGUAAUUCCAAAGUGUACCACCUCAAACUUCUCUGUGUUGAAUUCCAUCUGCCACUUCUCAGCCCAUUUCUGCAACCCAUCAAUGUCCCUCUGCAAUCAUAGACAAUCCUGUACACUAUCAACACCACCAACCUCUGUGUCAUCUGCAAACUUGCCAAUCCACCCUCCCACUCCAACAUCCAGGUCGUUAAUAAAAAUCACGAAAAGCAGAGGUCCCAGAACCGAUCCUUGUGGGACACCACUAGUCACAACCCUCCAAUCUGAAUGUACUCCCUCCAACACGACCCUCUGCGUUCGGCCGGCAAGCCAUUUCUGAAUCCACCUGGCCAAACCUCCCUGGAUCCCAUGCCUUCUGACUUUGAGUAAGCCUACAGUAUGGUACCUUGGCAAAUACCUUACUAAAAUCCAUCUAGAUCACAUCCACUGCACUACCCUCAUCUGCAUGCCUGGUCACCUACUCUAUCAGGCUUGUUAGACACGAUCUGCCCUUCACAAAGCCAUGCUGACUGUCCCUGAUCAGACCAUGAUUCUCUAAAUGCCCAUAGAUUCUGUCUCUGAGAAUCUUUUCCAACAGCUUUCUCACCACAGACGUAAGGCUCACUGGUCUAUAAUUAGCUGGACUAUCCCUACUACCUCUUUUGAACAAGGGGACAACAUUCGCCUCCUACAAUCCUUCGGUACCAUUCCCGUGGAUAACGAGGACAUAGAGAUCCUGGCCAGAGGCUCAGCAAUCUCUUCCCUCGCCUCAUGGAGCAGCCUGGGGAAUAUUCCAUCAGGCCCCGGGGACUUAUCCAUCCUAACGUAUUUUAACAAAUCCAUCACCUCUUCUGCCUUAAUAUCAACAUGCUCCAGAACAUCAACCUUACUCAUGUUGUCCUCACCAUCAUCAAGUUCCCUCUCAUUGGUGAAUACCGAAGAGAAAUAUUCAUCGAAGACCUCGCUCACUUAGCCUCCAGGCACAUCUUCCCACCUUUAUCUCUGAUUGGUCUUAUCUUCAUUCCUGUCAACCUUUUGUUCUUCACAUAAUUGAAGAAUGCCUUGGGAUUUUCCUUUAACCUACUCGCCAAGGCCUUCUCAUGCCCCCCCUCUUGCUCUCUUCAGCCCCUUCUUGAGCUCCUUUCUUGAUACCCUAUGUUCCUCAAUAGAUUCAUCUGAUCCUUGCUUCCUAAACCUCAUGUAUGCUGCCUUCUUCCAUCUGACAAGUGUCUCCACCUCACUUGUCACCCAUGGCUCCUUCACCCUACCAUUCUUUAUCUUCCUCACCGGGACAAAUUUGUCCCUAACAUCCUGCAAGAUAUUCCUAAACAUCGACCACAUAUCCAUAAUACAUUUCCCUGCAAAAACAUCAUUCCAAUUCACACCCGCAAGUUCCAGCCUUAUAGCCUCAUAUUUUGCCCUUCCCCAAUUAAAAAUAUUCCUUUCCUCUCUGAUUAUAUCCUUUUCCAUGUUAAUGUUAAAAGCCAGGGAGCGGUGGUCACUGUCCCCCAGAUGCUUACCCACUGACAGAUCCGUGACCUGACCCAGUUCAUUACCUAAUACUAGAUCUAGUAUGGCGUUCUUCCGAGUCGGCCUUUCAACAUAUUGGAAGAGGAAUCCGUCCUGGACACACUUAACAAACUCUGCCCCGUCUAAACCAUUGGAACUAAUCCGGUGCCAAUUGAUACUAGGGAAAUUAAAGUCACCCAUGUUAACAACCCUGUUAUUUUGCACCUUUCCAAAAUCUGCCUCCCAAUCUGCUCCUCGGUAUCUCUGCUGCUACCAGGAGGGCUAUUGAAUACUCCCAAUAGAGUAACUGCACCCUUCUAGUUCCUGACUUCUACCCAUACUGACUCAAAUGAGGAUCCUGCUAUAUUACAGAACCUUUCUGUAGCUGUUAUAGUAUCCCUGACCAGUAAAUCCACCCCCCCACUUCCAUCCCCCCCCCAUCCCUUUUUAAGCACUGAAAUCUAAGACUAUUGAGAAUCCAAUCCUGCCCUAGUGCCAGCCAAGUCUCUGUAAUGGCCACUACAUCAUAAUUUCAUGCAUGUAUCCAAGCUCUCAGUUCAUCACCUUUGUUCCUGAUGCUUCUUGCAUUGAAGUACACACAUUUUAGCCCUUCUGCCUUGCUACCCUCAUGCCCUUUAUUCUGUUUCUCUUUCUUCAAAGCCUCUAUAUGUUAGAUCUGGCUUUACUCCAUGCACUAUACUUCCAGCUCUUUCAUGACCUUUAUCCUCCUCCACCUCACUAUCUGCUCUAACACUCUGGUUCCCCUCCCACUGCAAAUCUAGUUUAAGCCCCCCGGAGCAGUCCUUCCACACCUGCGAGAUGAAUUGGAGAUCUCGAUCGGAGAUGAUGUCCGUGGGGAUUCCAUGGAGACAGAAGAAAUGGCGGACAAGAAGGUCUGAGGUUUCCUGAGAAGGGAUUUCGGGAGGGCUACAAAGUGCACCGUCUUGCAGAACUGGUGUACCAUAGUGAGUAUGAUGGUGUUUUUGUGUGAAGGGGGUAGACCAGUGAUGAAAUCUAGGGCGAUGUGCCACCAAGUAUGACUAGGGACAGGUAGGGGUCGAAGGAAUCCAGCAGGUGGCCGAUGGGAGGCUUUUCCAUGAGCACAGAUAGAACAUGCAGAGACAUAGGAACAGGUAUCUGCCUCCAUGGAAGGCCACCAAAAGUGUCUUUUCAGGAUGCCAGUGUCUGGUCACUCCCGGUGUGACAAGUGAACCGAGAUGUUUGCCCCACAGGAGAACCUGAGAUCUGACGGAUUCCGGCACAAAAAGCGAUCAGCGGGUCCAUUGCCAAGGUCAGGGUCAUCCCGUUGGGCUUCCUUUACUAUGGACUGCAUCUCCCAAGUGAGGGUUGCCACCACACAGGAUGGUGGGAGGAUAGUCUCUGGGCUGGAACUGUCCUCCUUGGAAUUGAAUUGGUGGGAGAGCAGUUCCGGCUUCCUGUUCUUGGACCCUGGACGGUAUGUGCACCGUCUAAAAAAUAAUGCCCAACGGACCUGGCGGGAGUUCAAACAUUUGGUGGUCUGAAUAUAUUCCAGGUUCUAUGAUCAGUCCACACAAUAAAUGGGUUUUCCGCCCCCUCCAGCCAGUGACUCCACUCCUCCAAUGCUAGCUUGGCUGUCAGUAGUUACCAAUUCCCCACGUCGUAAUUCAGCUAGGCGGGGGACAGUCAGUGAGAAAAGAAGGCACAGGGAUGAAACUUUUCAUCCGGACUUGAUAGUUGGGAUAAGACUGCUCGUACCACGGAGUCAGAGGCGUCAACAUCAACAAUGGAUUGAUGGGAGGAGUCUAGUUGGAUCAGGAUGUGAGCGGUUGUGAAUUGCCUCUUCAGGUCAGUGAAUGCUGAAUCAGCCUUGGAGUCCCAACAAAAAGGUUUUGUAGGUGAGGUAAAUCGGGUAAGGGGCACCAUCCCCCAACUGUAAUCCAUGAUGAAUCGGCAAUAAAAGUUUGCAAACUUCAAAAACCGCUGAAGUUGCUCGCAGGUUGUGGGUCUGGGCCAUUCUUCCACCACCAGGCUCUUUCAUUCUUUUUAAUAUCAAUUCAAAAUUAACAAGAGUACAUUGAAGUAAACAUCAAUUACAAUACCUCGAAGAAUAAAAAGACAUUCAUGUUAAGAGAUUGAAAACUUUUUUU